CUGCGCUGGGCACGGCCUGACUCUGCGAGGGAGCCGCGCCGAGGCGGCGAGAGGCUGAAUUCCGAAUUCCUUAACGUGGCCUCAGUGCUCUCCCUGGACUGGGAUUUCUUAAAGACACUGCGACUAAUGGGACCGGUAUUUCAGCUGUUAAAGGCACGUCCCUAAACAUUCAUUUCCAAGUGUUAGAAAGUUAAAGCUUAAUUACCAAGAUGCCUGCUUUAUCCCAAAGGAUUUCCAAGCUUGGUUGUUUGAAAGGGCUUUUAUAUCUCAGGAAUUGCGUUUGGUUUUGGUUGUGUUACUUCAGUGUUUUUUUUUUUAUUAUUAUUAUCUUGAAACCUGGUUUUGUGGUGUUUUAUUAAUUCCUGCUGACUCCUACUGUUGAGAAGUGAAAGGGAAAUCUAGAAGUCGGAGAAAACAGUUAUUUCUUUGGGGCUUGAAUCUCUCAUAUGUUGAGUUAUAGUAGUAAAACCUCUCUCUUUUUUUUUUUUUUGGAACUGAUACUGUAACGUGGGAAGCAGUGAACAGCUGCUUGCUUAACAGAGCUACUGCUGACCAAUUCUCGCAUCCACCACCGACCCUCCCCCUGCCAUGGGAGAGGUUUUUAAUGGCUUAAUUUUAGCAGAAGUUUAUGGUUCUGUUACCAGGAAAAGUUGCAGAGUUAUUUAACCUGAUUUUUCUCUGAAUCCCUGUUGUUGUUUGUGGAUUUGAUGUAGUUUGAGUAGGAUAAUGUGCAGCUGUGCAAAGUACCUGGUCACAGGACGUUUAGGUCAAAGAGCUUGUAGAGGAAAAGAGCUGGAUGGGUAAAAUUUUUGAUACUUUGCUUUACACUAAUGACGAUAUGAAUAGAUUUGAUGAACCUCAUCAGUCAUUGAAGUGUUUCAUUUCAGUGACUGUGUUGCUGCUGUUUAUCUUCGAUAACUACCUUAGAUAACAGUUCACUGUCAUUUGCAUAACAAGCUUGUAUUUGAUUGCAUCUCUGAUAACUAGGGCUUUUUUAUUAUAAAAAUUACUGCUUACCUAAAUUAACAUGAUUUAAGGUGCUUUGGAUGGUUCUUGUGGCCUAGGACACUCAGAUGUACAUUAGGUAUACACCUGAUUAUAUAUAUAUAUUUUUUUUUUUUUUUGCUAACAAGAAUUUUUCAGUAACUUUUUUUCCAAUGUAGUAUCUAAAAUUUGCUACCUUUUAUCUGCAAUGUAAAAGUACGAACUUCCUUCUUUACUGAGGGUCUUUAGGACAGGUCUCUGCAAGAGAAGCUCCCUUCCUCUUGGGGUUAGUCUGUGGUUAUUCAGCUGUUACAGGUAACCAGUCCAACAUUUGUGACAUUCAGAAGCCUGCUGAGCAUUGUAGGCAGUCUUUUUUGACUAUCUAUAUUUGAUACAUUUAUUACUAAAAAUAACUAUUACUGUCCUUUUCUUAAUUUUCAGGUGUGACUUUACUGUUAAUAAUUACUUUUGCUUGCAGCCACACUGGGAAGUGUUGGGAAGAAUACUGAGUUUAGGACAGGUGGAAGGGUUCCCCCACGCCUGUGAUAGGCAUGUAAAGUUCAUCCCAACAAAGAUUUCAGUUAUUUGAUAUGUUUUUAUAAAAAAAAUAGUGAUACGUUUGAGGGUAAAGCUUGGAGUGAUUGCUUAUGCUGGAAGACAGCGAGACACAAACUUAUUUGUAAUGUAGUAUUAAAAUAGUGCAGAGGGACGUGGGGGAUUUUAACGUGAAGCCCUUGCUGCGGUGCCUUGUGAUCCUCCUUCCCAGAUGGUUCAGGCUGUUCUGGGAGCUCGUAAACAGGGAGGAGGCUGCGGUGGGUGGGUUGUUGUUGCAGCUCCUGCCAUGUGACUGCAGCCAGAGCCGGGGCAGGUGCUGAGCGAAGGCUGCGGCACGUUUGGUGGCAGCAGCCUGUACCAUGUGUGCUCGUCAUCUCUCACAGUUCCCCUGGCCAAGGAGGAAAAACAUUUAUUGGUUUGUUGUUGUGUUUUUUCUUUUUCUUUUUUUAAUCUAUGUUUUUUAUUACUCCUAGAUUACAUUAGUAGUUACAGUGUCGUUUUCCAAACUUCACCACUAGUGGUGAUGAAAAUGCAAAUACUGAAUAACUUACUGUUUGCCUUGUGCUGUUGACCAGUACAAUGUAAAUGCAGUUGCAACACUUGUUUCCCAUCAGUUUUGUGUUUAAUCUGAUCUCACAGUUUUCUCAGUGCCAGUAUUUGCAGUGUGGAAUGAGCUGCCUUGUGUUAAGAUGCUCCUUUACUAAAGCAAGAAAAUGUAUAAAUUGAUGCCAACAUACUUUCCUAUAAUUUUUGCACUGUGUGUAGUAUGAGGAUUAUUUUUUUCAAAACUAAUAAAGGUUUUUGUGGCAUUCUACCUGGACAGGAGGGGAAAGCAGACAGAUGCAUGUGAGUGCCCCAUGGCUGCAGCUGCCUCAGUUCAUUCACUUACUGCCAAGUGUAACUUGGAAGCAUUCUUUAGGUCGGUUCAUCUUCUGGAACCCGUCCCUGCCUUCUGGUUAAGGACUCCAUGCACACACACAGGAUGACUCAACAGUGGGAUGGAUGUUCAGAUACCAGAAAGGUGCUGGUAACUUGACAGGAACCUCCACAUUCUUUGGGAGCCCUGCUGUGCGUGAGCCCUUCCAGGAAACUGCCGUUUGAACGCAUCAGAUCGUUACAGCCCCUGAAACUUCCACGAUGAAGAGAGCUGGGCAGAGAGUUGUGGUUGGAACUGAAGCUCCUCACACAUCACAGACAAGCAAAAAACAGAAAACUAGUUCAUAUGGCUCAGUGUUUGGUGACUCUGCCCUGUGCACCUCGAUGGACUGGGGCAGCCUCCCCCACCACGUGAUCCUGCGUGUUUUCCAGUUCCUCACUCUGGUGGAUCGAGCCAGGGCGUCUUCUGUUUGCCGAAGGUGGAAUGAGGUUUUUCACAUCCCAGAUCUCUGGAGGAGAUUUGAAUUUGAACUCAGCCAGCCAGCCACUUCUUACUUAAAGUCUACCCACCCAGACCUCAUUCAGCAGAUUAUCAAGAGGCACGCUGAUCACCUGCAGUACGUCAGCUUCAAGGUUGAUAGUAGUACUGAGUCAGCAGAAGCAGCUUGUGACAUCCUUUCUCAGCUGGUGAAUUGUUCAAUCAAGACACUGGGUUUAAUCUCUACAGCAAAGCCAAGCUUCAUGAAUGUCUCUAAGGCUCAUUUUGCUUCAGCACUGACAGUAGUUUUUGUAAACUCCAAGUCAUUAUCAUCAAUCAAGAUAGAUGACACACCAGUUGAUGAUCCUUCCCUGAAGGUUCUUGUUGCUAACAACAGUGACACUCUAAAACUGCUAAAAAUGAGCAGCUGUCCUCACGUUUCACCUGCUGGCAUUCUUUGUGUGGCUGAUCAGUGCCACGGACUUAAGGAGCUGGCUUUGAACUACUACAUCUUAAGUGAUGAGCUUCUGCUGGCUCUGUCGAGCGAGAAGCACGUCGACCUCGAGCACCUUCGCAUUGACGUCGUGAGCGAGAACCCCGGGCAGGUGGAAUUCCACACCAUCAAAAAGCAAAGCUGGGACGCUCUCGUCAAGCACUCCCCCAAAGUGAACAUCGUGAUGUACUUCUUCCUGUACGAGGACGAGUUCGACGUGUUUUUCCGGGAGGAGACGCCGGUCACACACCUGUACUUCGGGCGCGCCGUCAGCAAAGCGCUGCUGGGCCGCAUCGGCAUCAACUGCCCGCGGCUCAUCGAGCUGGUCGUGUGCGCCAACGGGCUGCAGCCCCUGGACGCUGAGCUCAUCCAGAUCGCCCAGCGCUGCAAGAACCUCACGGCCAUGGGCCUGGGGGAGUGCGAGGUGACCUGCAGGGGCUUCGUGGAGUUUGUGAAGAUGUGUGGGGGCAGGCUCACCCAGCUGUCCAUCAUGGAGGAGGUGCUGAUCCCAGACAGCGAUUACAGCUUGGAUCGCCUGCAUUUGGAGGUCUCCAAGCACCUCGGCAGAAUGUGGUUUCCUGAUAUGAUGCCAACGUGGUAAAUUCUCUCUGUUUGUGGAUAAAGGGGUGAAAUCAGGGGGUUGCUUUCUAUGCAAAUAAGGAAUUUCAAAAGGAAAUGUGAAAACUUACUUCCAGAUUUUGAGUUUUUCUACCUUGAACCUCUGGUAGACUAACAGCAAAACACUCUAGAAUAUUAAUUGUAUAUUGAGAUAGAAGAUAGAUUAAAGUGUACUUAACAGUUCUGUGGUUUACAGGUGCUUCAAACUUCAGUGAGCUUGGGCUUCUCUGAACUUCAGUUUAAAUGUUCUGUUCACUUUAAAGUGGUUUUGGGUUUUUUUUUCAUGUCUUUGUUUAAUCUUUCUGAUGUAGUCAGAAGAGGAAUAGGGUAACUUUUUUCCUUUAGGAAAUCAAUCUUUAUGGAAAGCUGUAUACAACUUGGAGUACAGUAUUAUUUGUCAUGAUGUUUUAUAUAGCUUUUUUUAUAAAUAUUCAUGUUUUAAUUGUAAAAGCUUGUACAUUAAAAUACACUAGCCCAGGUUAAUCAGAGUUAAUCUAGUUUAAACUCACGGUAUUAUAUUAAAAUUUUAAUAAGCUGAAACUGUAAAGUUUUUUUGUAAGCAUUAAAUUGCACUUUAAAUAAUUCUGUCACAGUAGUGAAGCUGUUGAGACUGCAUUGUACAGUAUGUUGGUUUUGUCCUAUGCAUUAAAAGGGUGAGAAAGAGACUUUGUUAAAAUUAAUGAAUGUAAAAGUUUGUAGCUGGAUUGACUGCUCGAGUGAGUAAUAAGGCACUUUGGAAACUGUUGGGAUAUAAGGAAUAGCUUUGGAUUUGGUCUUUCAGACUGUCUGAAAUCCUGUUCCAUGCUUUCAUAAUUGAGAGAUAAGAAGGAUUUCAUAAAUGUGGCUGGUGAGAAGGAAGGAACAAAUGGAAUAGAGUUGUCUUUGAUCCCUCUCUGUGUGGAAUCCAGGAUUUAGAGCACUUAAAUUACUUGUCACUGACAGACCAGGAUGGCCUGUAGUGAUCUUGGCUGUGCUGUAAGCCCUGAUUUCUAGAGAAAGGAUUGCUGGAGGUGAUCCUGAAAUAUUUAAUUCAGGACUGUUUAAUACUUGUUGCUACUAAUUGUUUUUUAAGAAAGAAGAUUUUAAUAUAUUUAUUUUCUUAAAAGGGGAGAGGCACGGUGAGUUGAUGUAAAUUAGAGUCUGUAUUUUUGUGUUGACAUUUUGCUCACUGUAAACUAAAACUCAUUGUAUAUAAAUUUUGCUGUAAUCACUUUCA